AGCAGUUUUGACCACGGCGCGGUAGGCCUCGGCUCUGCUCCGCCCCGGCCGCAGCCAUGGGCACGUACGGCGUCCUCAAGAGGACAUGGUUCGAAGACAAGGGCUUUGGCUUCGUGACCCCGGACGACGGGUCCGAAGACGUCUUCGUUCACGUGAAGGACAACCCCGUGCUCCAGAACUGCCACGAGGGCGACAAGGUCCGAUUCGACCAGGAGUGGGACGACCGCAAGAACAAGAUGAGGGGCGUCAACGUGACCACCUCUGCGGGCGACGGCGGCGGCUAUACAGGGAACAGCCUGAAUGACCUGUUGGACCUCGUCAAAGGAAAAGGCAAGGGCGACAAGAGCGGUGGCCCCGGCGGCGGACGAGGCUUCGACCCCUACCACGACUCAAGAGGUGGAUACCUCCACCCCAGCUUCAAGUGAGAAGCUGUGAGCGGCUGCCUUGCCUCCAGGAUCCGAAGUCCAGGGUGGGGCACGUCGGAACUGUGCCAGGGUGGCAAUCCCCAACGAGCUCUCGCCGCGCUGCAUUUCCACAUGCCCGUGCGCAUACAUUUCGUCUGCCCUCCUGGCAUUUGGGAUCCAACGGCUACCCAGCACGAUCUGCUCAGCACUGCAUGGGAGUGCGUGCAUCUCAGACCCCUGGCGUAUCGCACCCUGUGUUAUAGAUGCGUUCGAUGAGCACUGGCAAAAUAGUUAUGUGACCCGGGUCGGCUUGGAUAAUUUCUUGGAUAUGUUGUUUGCGAAGUCCACGUUAUGCACCGCAUGUGGCAAUUCUUGGUAGCCUCAAUCAGCUUUUGGAAAUUGCCUCAGAGCUUGUCUCUUGGAAGACGGAGUGCGCCGAUAUCCUGAUGUGUUUCAAGUGUGUACAUCACUUUGGAGCGUUACCGCGAAUUACAUGGUGGAAUGCUUAAGAAGGACAAGCAGUGAGCAAGGGUUGUUGACACACAGGGAUUCGGAC